AAAGAAAUCAACUUCCGCAACUCGCUCUGAGCGACAGCAGUCGCUUGUAUUUCAUUUCAUCCACGUGAAUUAUGUAUUCACCUCUGCCACCGCAAGAAAAAGAGAGCGAGGGGGAAGGCGAGACUUGCACUUUGCUUCAUCAUGCGAUAUUGGAUACUCGCAGUAUCUAUCGGUGAACAAUGGAGGUCACAUGGAAUCAUUAUUACGGCACAGUAAGGAAGUUAUCAUCAUUCACUGGUAUAUGGCCGUUUAUGAGCAUGAGGGCCAAAAUCUUUCGCCUCUGCUUCCUGACGGUGACCAUGCUGUCUCUGUUCGUUCCUCAGAUCGCGUAUCAAUUUACGUGCAAGCAGAACCUACAGUGUAUAUUCGAGUCGAUGACGUCGUACCUGUUGACGAGCAUAGCUGCGUUGAAGGUGUAUACGUUCGUUGUGAACAUUCGCAAGAUUAGAGAAAUGACAAAGCAUUUAUACGCCGACUGGAAACUGUUGGAAAGUGUCCAGGAAUACGAAAUUAUGAAGUCGUACGCCGAAAAUUGCAGACAAUUCUCUUUGAUAUAUCCGAUAUACUGCUUAGCAUGUGUGUGUGUAUUCAUGUCGGUGUCACUUAUACCACAAAUACUCGACGUUAUUAUACCUCUCAACGAGUCCCGUCCUAUACUACUGCCAUAUCCGGGAUACUAUUUCGUAGAUUAUAAGGAAUAUUUUGUAUACAUUUUCUGGCAUUCUCUCGUGGCGUUCGAGAUAAUCUUGGCCGGAAUAGUUGCACACGAUUGUAUGUUCAUGUCUUAUGUGGAACACAUUUGCAACAUAUUCGCCGUGCUCGGAUAUCGUUUCGAGUAUUUAUUUUGUAAUCAGGACAAGAUAAUAGAGAACACAAAGGCUGACUUGGAUAGUAUAUAUCGUAAGAAGAUCGCUUCCUUCGUGCGUAUGCAACAGGAAGCUUUGAAGUUCGCGCAAGUUCUUGAAAGCAUCUUUACCAUACCUUUCGCAAUACAAUUACUCGUAGGCACGAUAGGAAUGAGCAUCACCUUGUUGCAAAUCACGCAAAGCUCCAACUUCUUGAAGAUAUUGAGGUACGCGCUUUACGUUGGCGGUCAGUUGUUCCAUUUAUUUGUCCUCAGCUUUGAGGGCCAGAAGUUGAUGGAUCACAGUUAUCAGACGCGCGACAAGAUAUACAGCAGUACCUGGUACGAAGCGCCCAUGAAAUCACAGAAGCUCCUUAUUAUGGUGAUGAUACGAAGUCUGCAGCCUACAUGCUUGAGCGCGGGCAAGGUUUACAUCUUCUCCUUGGAGAGCUUCAGCAUGGUUUUACAGACUUCGAUGUCGUACUUCACGGUGCUCGCGUCUUUUUAGAGUAACUCGUGAUCGAUACAGUUCCGUGUAUCUCACAGUUACACGACGACACCGAUGUCUCAUCGUGAAAAACCGACUUGUGUGUCAUUGCGAUACCAUUGUAGAAAUAUGCUUACGUUUUAUAUAAUGUACUUUUGUCAUGUAAUAAAGGUAGUAUUUAUUCAGUUUA